GACCGAGGGCGCCAAGGGGAGGGGGGCUCGAGCUUUAAAAGUUCGGAUUAAGACCUUCAAAGUAGCUCAGCUACAUUUUCUCUUUAAAGGGGGCCACUUUAACCAGCAAAAUUUCACCCAAAGGCAGACAACAGGAUCGUCCUGCACUGACGCGGCUGGUCGGCAGGAAGCGGCUAGUGGCAGCAGGGGUCCUGGGGGUCGUUAUGGUUCUGGUUUUGGUCAUCCUCAUCCCAGUUUUGGUAAACUCAGCGGGGACAGCGGCGCAUUACGAGAUGCUCGGUACCUGUAGGAUGGUGUGCGACCCGUACGGAACCAAGUCCCCAACCAGCACCGCCACGGCGGACACGGUCCGAGACAACAGUCUCGUGCAGUCUUUACCCACUUUUAUCCAAGGUCCGAAAGGGGAUCCGGGUCGUCCAGGCAAGGUGGGACCGAGAGGACCUCCCGGCGAGCCAGGACCGCCCGGUCCAGCGGGGCAACCUGGAGACAAAGGAGAACCGGGCAGGUCUGGUUUGCCGGGACCUCCGGGACCAAACGCAGCUGCCGGCGCCAUCAGCGCGGCCACCUACAGCACCGUGCCCAAGAUCGCCUUUUACGCAGGGCUCAAGAAGCAGCACGAGGGCUACGAGGUGCUCAAGUUCGACGACGUGGUCACCAACCUCGGGAACCACUACGACCCGACCACCGGGAAGUUCACCUGCUCAAUCCCCGGGAUUUAUUUCUUCACGUACCAUGUUCUGAUGCGCGGAGGGGACGGCACGAGCAUGUGGGCGGACCUGUGCAAAAACAACCAGGUUCGUGCUAGCGCCAUAGCCCAGGAUGCUGACCAGAACUAUGACUAUGCCAGUAACAGUGCCGUGCUGCACCUGGAGCCAGGGGACGAGGUCUACAUUAAACUAGACGGGGGCAAAGCUCAUGGAGGGAACAACAACAAAUACAGCACCUUCUCUGGAUUCAUCAUCUAUGCUGACUAGGCGACCACACAGCGGUGUACAGGUCUCAUCGCCAAGUCCUUCUACCAAUGAUGAGACGCUAAAACGUAGUCCGUGGAGAAUAUCAAUCAGCCUUUGUAACCUGUAAAGAGUUUAUUUAUGAACCCUCUGCCAUCAUAACGUCAGCUGUUAUGAAGGCAGAGGGCCGGUGUGCUGGACUUUGGAGCGAUAAUGAUGAAGUAGUUUUAAAACCAUGACCUCUCUUUGUGUCAUCACAUCACCCUGAAACCUGAAGCUGUCCCGUUAAAGCGGCCCGAUGGAGGACUGUGGGGGGUGACAGGGAGCAGGAGGAGGCUGUGCAUGCUUUGGGGAUUGUAGGCAAAAUCAAUGACUGACUUGAUCACCCUUAUGUAAUAAUAUAACUGGUCACAUGCUUCCUGAUAAGACGUCCCAUUUAGCUGCGAACAGAGGAAGGGGACACAGAGAGAAAAUAUAGAAGUCUGCAGGUAGCUCCAUAAAACUGUUAAUUAUUUUCAAACAAAUCUAAUACAUUUUGUG